AUACAACAUAUAAGCGCGGCGUGUUUCGCCGACGUCGUACAAGGGAGGUUGAUGCGCAAAACGUUCACGCUAUCUCUUCUUUGUUAUCUACAGCUAUCUAUUCUACUCACGCUGAAAUUCUUUAUGCCACUUCCACGAAUACGAAAGGUCCCCCAUUCAUAGACAACCCGGGUGUCUCAUUUCUCGCUAGGUGUGGGGCUUAUAUUGGCCGUUUUGUCAACAACAUUUACUUGCAACGUUUGCCGAGAUUUAUUCCGUACAAGCCCUGCUUACCUUGUCUGACUGCAACGCAUCAAGUAAUGCGUCUGAACUCAGUCCCUACCUAGAGGACAGUGGAGUCACCGAAUCAGUUUGGGGAUGAAGCGCAAGAAAAGCCCCCACCUCUCACAGCGGGCCCCAGAUGGGUCGGCCCUCUCUCUCCCUUCCCUUCAGGGAACACCUAGACCACACAAUUCAUCGGCGGGAUCCCUGGAUGGCGACGACGGCGAACUUGACGGCACACCUGCGACUUCUUUGCAGGAUCACAUGUCGGCCGUAAGCCCAGGAGGAGGUCUUUCCAGCACGUUCCUCUUGGCCAAUGGAAGUGACUUUGGCGACGAGACGGAUCAUUUGCUGUCCCACACGCCUGAUCCGCAGAGAACGCGGACAGCCAUUGAGCAUAUCAACCAGAAGAUUGCUCGCACUCGAGGGCUUAUCAAAGCCGAGCAAACUGCACGGGAUGAAAACGUCAACGAAUACUUGAAGCUAGCGACAAAUGCAGACAAGCAGCAAAUGCAGCGAAUUAAGAACAUAUUCGAGAAGAAAAAUCAGAAAUCUGCACAGACAAUAGCGCAGCAGCAAAAGAAGCUGGAAACUUAUAUCAAGCGCAAACGGGACCUGGAAACUCACGGAGCCUCAUCGUCAUGGCAACCACGAGAGGUAUUGCAGAAUGUGGGACAGGGGAUUAGUGGAGUUGUGGGAAACAUUAAAGGUGGAUUGUCAGGCUUGGCAUCUGUCACACAUUCAUCAACAGAUAACAAGUACCCUUCUGAUGAUGACAGCUCGAGCAUGACAUCUGAGUCUAGCCAAAUGGCACAGUGCACCUCCACGGCAAAUAUCACUAGUCCUCGCCAUCCUCCAUUGCCAAGUGUAGCAGCAUUUAUGCCCAGUGCACCAGCAGAAGGCAGCUCUACAGUAAUCUCUGUACCAACACACACUGUGUGUGACACAGACUUGGAAUCGGUCUUAAUAGAAUUGAACGAACGGAAGGAGGAGUGUCAGAGGUUGUCGGAAGAGGUUGAGGCUCUCAAGAACCAAAUGCAGCAGGAGUAUACAUACUUCUCCCAUACCCUCCAAGAAGAACGCUACCGCUACGAACGCUUAGAAGAGCAGAUGAACGACCUGAUCGAAUUGCAUCAGAACGAGAUAGAGAACUUGAAACAAGGCAUUGCAGAUAUGGAAGAGAAGGUGCAAUACCAAAGUGAGGAAAGGCUCAGAGAUGUCCAGGAGGUUCUGGAAAGCUGUCAAACUAGAAUCAGCCGCAUGGAACACCAGCAACACCAGCACCUCCAGCAGCUGGUUAGCCUGGAUUCGCUGGACAAUUCUCGAGCACGAGCCCUCUGUCUGAAGCUGGUCAACGUGCUUUUAAUGCUCCUUCAGCUUAUCCUUCUUCUAAUCUCUACAGUUGCCAACAUUAUAAUGCCCUUCCUGCAAUCGAGGCUGAGAGUGUUCACUACAGCACUGCUCAUACUGGCAAUCUGCACAGCCGUGAAACAAUGGCCGGAACUAUCAGUGUGGUUCAAGAUUCACCUGAGCGACCUCCUAGAACGGCUACAGAGAUGAACAACAGUCAUCCAAAGCCUCUUCAAUAUUCUGUGAUAAUUUACUCUGUGAGAAAAAGUUGUAAUAAGGUGGUUAUCGGACAAGUGUGUUUAUAGUGCAUUCCACCCAUCUUGACAAUGUGUCACUUCCAGUGGCCUGCAAUGUGGAUCGCAACAAAAUUGUUGCACACGAUUGUUUCACAUACAUGUUGCAGACGUGUUGAAAUCACGUAGGAUGUAUAAAGUGUAAAUUUUUUGUUUGUACUAUAUGUUUCGUCUCGGUUUAUGAGAUGCAGUCCAGUCAACUUCGCUUACCUUGGUUGUAAUGAGAGAGUAACAUUUCCGGAGGUUCCCCUCACACGUUGCAUGUACUGUUUUCAGGACAGUUAAACCGUUGCAAGGAAAGUUGCCACAUUUUACUACAAAUAAUUUUAAUGUUUGUUGGGCCACAACCUACUGCCACAAAUCUAAACUUGGUGAUCACAAUUUCCUGGUGUUUCAACAUCUUCAAUGGUAGAGUCGACCACAAACUGAAAUUGAAUGCACGCUAUGUGUUAGCUCUUAUGAAACGGAGACAAGCAUGUUCAUUGUGCACCCUCUCAUUUGUGUGGGUUUACUGUGCGAGUUUGUCAUUCUCUCGAAUGACGCCCUCAUAAAAGAAACAUGAAUUUGCUGUAACAAAGAUUGACAUUGUAGUUGAAGCUCCUGAAAACAUAAGUUUUAUAUAUAUAUACAGCUUCCCAGAUAAGAGCAGUUUUUGUACAAUCACUUUAUUUCAUCACUACUGCUUCCAGUGAGCUGCAAAUGAAUAAAACAUAGAUUUAGUUAGCUAAUUUAUGUGAAGUGCCAGAUGACAAAAACCAUACACAGCUUUUUUUAAACCAUGAAAUAAACACAAGUACAGUGCAAGUGGCAACAGUGUGAGAGAGAGAGAGAGAGUGUGAGUUUCCUAGUAUGGCUUGGGUGUAAAUCUGACUCAACUGCUUUCCAUCGACUGCUAUUAUUUAAUCCAAGGCUGUAAGGUCCAAGUGUCGUGUUUGUCCUCAUUGACUCGUCCACUAGUUCACAGAUGAAUACUUUCUAGCUUAUGACGAAUAACAAUGCAAAGAGUAAGAUUCUUAAUCUUCGCUUGUCUAAUACUACGACAUAGCAGUUAGUACGCUAUGCAGCAUGCAUUGAAGACUAUAGUUAGCUUAAAUUCAAAGGCUCUAGGGUUUUUGCACUACAAAUGCUUAAUCUGAAACUGUUUUAUAUGAUCUUAUGGUCUCAUCUCUGAUGUAAAGUCUAAAAAAUUAGCCUAUUUGGUUUUCUGAAUGUGUGUACUUAAGAAAUGGAGUAUUUUUCUUUACUUCUGUUUGUGUUAAGAGUUGCAAACGUACGAGUCAUGCAGUUACCUUUUGAGAAAUUCUCUCUAUGGAAGACGUAUGUAAAGUGCAUUUUUUGUGCAGUUCAGUAUGUAAAACAGUAUUGAAGGAUUCAGAUAACUUUCUCGUAAUUGUAUUUACUGCGUCAGUCAGUUGCCUUUGCCAAGCAGUGAGUGAAACAAGUAGUAGAAGUACUCAACCUGAACCAUAAGCCUCCUUGACAACAAAGCUCAGGGGACAGUGAAAAAAUUUGCACUACAGGUAUCUCCCUUAAAAAGGAUGCCCAUUAUUGGACCGUCAAAAAAUUCACUGUAGUGGUAUUUUUGUUAAAAAUGUGUUCGCUAUGAAGGAGUUUUACUGUAUAGCAGAUAUGCCAUCUGAUUCUGACAUGACAGCUGCAGUGCUUUGGAGAAGCAAAGGGCAGAGGUUCAUUAAAAUCUCUUCUUAGCAUCA